AUGGAAUCCGCGGCCAUGUUUGUGAGGUUGCCUCUGGCUCACACCUGCCCCGAAAACUCAAGGCGACAUUCCGCUACCCUUAUGAGGGAGUUCGCUACAAUUAUGCUGACGAUGAACAAUAUCUCCCAACCUGUCACAGAGGGUGUCUCCCGGACGAUGGAGACUCUACCAGGCGACACGAACAGAGAGCUUGAACUGAAGAGUCUUGCUCAGAAUCUGACCAGAGAAUUGUCAUCCUCGCUAUCUCUAGGAGUCCCACGACCAAUUUUCGACGCCCUCUAUCAGUCAUUUUCCGGAGCUGAAUUCCAAGACAUCCCUUUGACUAUGAGGGCACGUCACAGCCAAGCCCACCAGUAUCUGGAUCAGCGCAAUGGUGCCUCUGGCUACAACGCCCAUUUUGCUAUUGAAAAUGAUCCGGAUGAAAAGGAUAACAAGGUAGAAGUCACGAUAGACAGGGCGAAGUCUGUUGAGCCAGCUAAUAGCCUCUCUGCAGGCAAUGCAGUUGCUGAUGAUCCACCACAUCUUCUCGACGGUUCAAAAGCACUGGCGGCUAUUACCGCGGAUAAGACCGAGAUCCUUGGCCCGUCAGAAGUUUCCUAUGAUAUCGAGACAAUGAGAACAGCAGAUGAGAGACGCAAGCGUUCUAUGUAUGACAGAUGUAUCAGUUUGGAGGAUCUGAAGAGGUUCUCGAGAAAAUACAGGCUUCACACACCUGUGCCUAAGGAUCUAGACUCCUUGCGUUCCAAAGACACGGCUAGGCAGCAAAGUCGCGGGCUCGUAGAGGACGCUCAGCUUAGGGCGCCCGGUCCAUCGGCUCCAACUGUUAUUGCCAACAAUCACCUGCUUACCAAAUUGCACACACUUAAGCUCAUCGAUGAGGACGUGAUCUGUCACCUAAAAGGCGUUCACAAGGAGGAUCUGUUUGGUUUUGUUCAGUUUGCACUCAGAGAACGUGUACAUCAUACCGUCGAUUUGAUGGAUGGCAUGAAAGACUGGCCUCGAGCCUUCGAGUCCUUUGUAUUGACUACUCAGUUGAGAAGCUACAAAGUCACUGUGAAACACGUUCAAAUCGGUACCAUGAACAUUUUGGGGGGCUUCGAGAAGUCCACGGCAAUCAAAACGCUGGUGAAUGACAAUAAAUCUGUUCUCAAGUCUCUCAAAACUCCAGCGAAUAUCGAAGGGAUUUGCUGA